AUGGAGCACAAAGUUGGUCAACGGCAAGAAAAGAAACAUGUAUAUGAACCACCUUGGUGGAGAGACCAAGAAGCAAAUGUCAAAGCAUCCACUUCAAAAAAAGUUCCCAAGAAGAUGGUAGAUGGGAUGACUCAGACGUUGAAUCCACAUAUUAUUGAGCCUAAACCUAUUGCUAAAGGAUCAAGGGGAGAUAAAAAAAUGUUGGCUGGCAAAGAAAUCAUCAAAACAGAACCGCCUCACAUUGAAGAAAUGAUGACGCCAUCUCUUUCCUCUAAAAAUAAAUCUUUACGAUCAGAAAGGCAGUUUUAUUACGCAGUAGCUUCCAAUAAUUCGGAAGAAUUAGAGGAGCGAUCAAGUUCUUCCUCACGAAGCUCAUCAUCAUCUGCAUGGAAUAAAAUCUCGACCAAAAAUACUGAUAUAGCUCCAAAUGUUUGUGCAGAUCCAUUCGUAGUUUCUUCUUUGAAAAAAAAGACAUCGCAGAAACCUUUGACAUCUGAGACUCGUGGUCAAGAUUACCAUCAUCAUCAAAAGUAG